GGAGCAGCCAGCAGAGUAUAUUCACGUGAAGCACAGAGAGAGAGAGAGAGAGAGAGACAUAAAUCUUUAGCUAGCAGCACUAAACCCCUUAACUAACAUUAUGUCUAAAUCUCUCUUCUCUUAUCUCAACCAAACACUAAACAAAUCUACAGGAAGAUAAUGCAAGGAUCUGUAGCCGAGUCUGAAUCCGAACCAGAAGAGUUGCAGAAUCAAUUCAAUGCCAGUCACUAGCAUGUCUUCCACCGUCCCUCCUCUCUUCUUCCUCUUCUUCUUCAUUACAAUCUUCAAUCUUUCUAUUUCCGCAAAGUCGUGGCCUUUAUCGCAAGAGAACAAGAUCCAAGAACAAGACAGAGACCCAUUCGUCGGAUUCAACAUCGGCACCGACGUCUCCUCACUCCUCCCACCUCCGGACCUCGUCAAGUUCCUCCAAACCCAGAAAAUAAACCACAUCCGCCUAUACGACGCCGAUCCGGAGCUCCUCAAAGCCCUGUCCAAAACCAAGAUACGCGUCAUCAUCAGCGUCCCCAACAACCAGCUCCUAGCCAUCGGAUCCUCCAACGCCACCGCCGCGUCGUGGAUCGGCCGCAACGUGGUCGCUUACUACCCUGAAACCUUAAUCACAGCCAUCUCCGUCGGAGACGAGGUCUUAAACACUGUCCCCUCUUCGGCUCCCUUGCUCUUACCAGCCAUUGAGUCUCUUUACAACGCUCUCGUGGCUUCGAAUCUCCACACUCAGAUCAAAGUCUCCACACCUCACGCGGCCUCCAUCAUGAUGGAUACUUUCCCUCCUUCGCAAGCUUACUUUAACCAGACGUGGCUCUCGGUUAUGUCCCCCUUGCUUCGGUUCUUGUCCAAAACCGGCUCUCCUCUGAUGAUGAAUCUCUAUCCUUACUACGUCUAUAUGCAGAACAAAGGCGUUGUUCCGUUAGAUAACUGCCUUUUCGAGCCGUUGACUCCUGCUAAAGAGAUGGUUGACCCCAACACGUUGCUGCAUUACACUAACGUCCUCGACGCUAUGGUAGACGCAGCUUAUGUAUCCAUGAAGAACCUGAAUAUUUCUGAUGUGGCUGUGCUUGUGACCGAGACCGGGUGGCCUUCUCAAGGCGAUAAAAUGGAGCCGCACGCUACUAUCGAUAACGCUGACACGUACACCUCCAAUUUGAUCAAACAUGUUUUUGACAGAACGGGGACGCCUCUGCGCCCCGAGGUGACGCCAAGUGUUUAUAUCUACGAGCUGUUUAACGAGGAUAAGAGGGCGAAGCCGGUUAGCGAAGCUAGCUGGGGUUUAUUCUAUGGGAACACUACGCCGGUUUAUUUGCUUCAUGUCUCUGGGAGUGGGGCUUUCUUGGCGAAUGAUACGACGAACAAGACGUACUGUGUUGCUAUGGAUGGGGUUGAUGUGAAGACGCUUCAGGCUGCGUUGGAUUGGGCUUGUGGGCCGGGGAGAGCGAAUUGUAGUGAGAUUCAGCCUGGGGAGAGUUGUUAUCAGCCGAAUAAUGUGAAGGGGCAUGCUUCUUUUGCUUUUAAUAGUUAUUACCAGCAGGAAGGGAGAGCUUCUGGUUCUUGUGACUUCAAAGGUGUGGCUAUGAUCACUACUACAGACCCAAGUCAUGGAAGCUGCAUUUUCCCUGGAAGCAAGAAGGUAGGAAACGGGACACAGACGGUGGUGAAUUCGACUCAAGUUGCAGCUGGUGAAACCUCCUCAAGGAGUCUUCUCUCAAGAGGUUUCUGUGCCAGUAUGAUGAUUCUUGUAACUUGUGUUUUGUUACCCUUCUGGUGAUUUUUCAUUUUUUUUCUUUACCACGGUUGAGUUACAAUUCUAGGUUUUCAUAAACAAAUUGUAUUUUAAUCAAAAUUUUGUAAUUCGUUGUUUUGUUGGUAGUCCAUUUUAGUAGUCAGUCUCUUGUAACUUUGUUGGGGGCAAUGUUUUGUGUAAAACCUGUCUUGGUAAAUGUUGCUGUUACUUGGC